AUGGCGCGGCCCGUCAGCGACAGGACCCCGGCCCCCCUGCUGCUGGGCGGCCCGGCCGGGGCCCCCCCUGGCGGGGGAGCGCUGCUGGGCCUGCGGAGCCUUCUGCAAGGGACCAGCAAGCCCAAAGAGCCAGCCAGCUGUCUCCUGAAGGAAAAGGAGCGCAAGGCGGCUCUGCCCGCAGCCACGGUCCCCGGGCCCGGCCUGGAGACGGCGGGCCCGGCGGCGGAUGCCCCCGUGGCGGCGGCGGUGGGCGGCGGGUCCCCCCGCGGGCGCCCAGCGGCUGCCCCGGGCCCGAGCCUGUUGGCGCCGCUGCUGUGGGAGCGGACGCUGCCGUUCGGCGACGUGGAGUACGUGGACCUGGACGCCUUCCUGCUGGAGCACGGGCUCCCGCCCAGCCCGCCGCCCCACGGCGGCCCGUCCCCGGCACCCUCGCCCGCGCGCACGCCCGCGCCCUCCCCCGGACCCGGCUCCUGCGGCUCCGCGUCCCCUCGCUCCUCGCCGGGGCACGCCCCCGCCCGGGCCGCCCUCGGGGCCGCCGGCGGCCACCGCGCAGGCCUGACCUCUCGGGACACACCUAGCCCUGUGGACCCAGAUACCGUGGAGGUGCUGAUGACCUUUGAACCUGACCCUGCUGACUUAGCCCUGUCAAGCAUUCCCGGCCACGAGACCUUUGACCCUCGGAGACAUCGGUUCUCGGAGGAGGAGCUUAAGCCCCAGCCCAUCAUGAAGAAGGCCAGGAAGAUCCAGGUGCCAGAGGAGCAGAAGGACGAGAAGUACUGGAGUCGGCGGUACAAGAAUAACGAGGCGGCCAAGCGGUCCCGCGACGCCCGGCGGCUCAAGGAGAACCAGAUAUCGGUGCGGGCGGCCUUCCUGGAGAAGGAGAACGCCCUGCUGAGGCAGGAGGUGGUGGCGGUGCGCCAGGAGCUGUCCCACUACCGCGCCGUGCUGUCCCGCUACCAGGCCCAGCACGGGGCCCUGUGA